GACUGUCCCUUGUUACUAUUACUUCAGUCUCUAAAACCCUAAGCCGUGAAUUCUGCUCAUUCACGAAUUCUGGUUUGGAGUUUGCUUCCCACUGCCAAUCCUAAGAAUUAUUGCUAGGUUUUUAAUUUGAUCAAUUGCUUUGGGUUUUUGCUUUGAAGCUAAUUUCAGGUAUGCUCUUCAAAUCCCAAACCAUUUCUUCUUCCAUCUCCUAUCUAAAAUUUGACUUCGACUCUUUCUUAAACCCUAAAUUCACCUUCCAAAUCAAGCCCAUUUCAAGCCUCAAAGUUAUUUGGAGGAAAGACCAGAAAUUAGACCAAGCCAUAGAAAACGAUAAACGAUACAAGCUCUGUGCCCGGGUCGUGAAGGAAGUGCUUAACGAGCCGGGUCAAGCGAUCCCUCUCCGAUACUUAGAUAAAAGGCGGGAGAGAUUACGCCUUAAUGUCAAAGUUAAAACCUUUAUUAACAAUAACCCGGGUCUUUUCGAUACUUAUUAUGAUCGGAUUAGACCCAAAUCCGAGCGCGUUCCCUUUUUGCGGCCUAGUGAUAAGUUGAGGAAUUUUCUAGAGGAGGAGAAACGGAUUUAUAGUGAAAAUGAGGAGUUGGUUGUUUCUAAGCUUUGUAAAUUGUUGAUGAUGUCGAGAUAUAAGGUGAUUAGUGUGGAUAAAUUGGUUCAUGUGAAGAGAGAAUUUGGUUUGCCAAAUGAUUUUUUGGUUAGUUUAGUGCCUAAGUACUCGAAUUAUUUUAGGUUAACCGGGUCCCCUGGAGAAGGGCAGUCGUUUUUGGAGUUGGUUGAGUGGAAUCCAGAGUUUGCCAAAUCUGUUAUUGAGCAAAGAGCAGAAGAGGAAUCGAGGUUAACAGGGAUUCGGGUUAGGCCAAAUUUUAACUACAAGUUACCGGCAGGGUUUUUUCUCAGGAAGGAAAUGAGAGAGUGGGUCAGGGAUUGGCUAGAGUUAGAUUAUAUAUCUCCUUAUGAGGAUGUGUCACAUUUGGAUCAAGCUUCACGAGAAAUGGAGAAAAGGAUGGUGGGGGUUUUCCAUGAGUUGCUUUCCCUCUCAUUGUUCAAAAGGGUUCCGGCGCCUAUAUUGGGUAAGUUUACCGAUGAUUAUAGAUUUUCAAAUGCUUUUUCUAGUGUGUUUACAAGGCAUUCGGGGAUAUUCUAUAUGUCAUUAAAAGGUGGGAUAAAGACUGCAGUGCUAAGGGAGGCGUAUAAGGACGAUCAGUUGAUUGAUAAGGAUCCGUUGCUUGAGACAAAGGAUAAGUUUGUUGAAUUGUUGGAGGAAGGAUGGCAGGAGAGAGCGGAGUUGUUGAGGUUGCGAAGAGAACAGGUUAAGAAAGACAUGGAAAUGAUGGCAAUGAGGAAUGAGGGAUUGAAUGACCUAAGUUGUGAUGAGGAGCUUUGAAUUUAAAAGGAUGAGGAUUUGACUUGGAAUUUGAGUUAUUGAUAAUGUUGAGCUCCACAUUUGGAGUUGAGAGGACUGUAUUAAUCAUGUAAUUUUUAUUGGAACUACAAUAGAGGCACAUAACAUUUUUGUCCAGGAUAUAUACUCAGAUUGUUGAGUCACAUUUUGAGAAUAAGGAGGGUUUUGUAUCCCAAGUAUUGGGCCUUCUGUACUCUUAUGUGGUAAAGCUGCUUCACAAGUUUACAACUGAUGUGAGAACAUGCUGGAUUUGUAGCUUUCCUUCACAUGUGAGAAAAGUUUGCCCACUUUCCAGCUUUUGACAUUUUUGUUGAUUAGCACUUUUACACUAACUGCAGCUUCCUAAAAUGUUUUUUUGUUAUAAAGUAGCCAUGAAAAGAACUUGCAUAGGUGCUUUCCAAUCAUCAUGUGGCUUGUUGAAAGAAAAAUCUCCAUUUUCUGUAAGGAAUUUCUAUGAAAGUUUGCAUGGAUAUGGAUAUUUCUGUGUUUGAAGUUGUAUGGGAAGAUGUUGGUGGUAUCAACUAAUUCAAUGAAGUUAAGGUAAUCCAGCAUGUCUGUCUAAAGAACUAUAGCAAUGAUCAACAUGAAUAUUAACUCGCGUGCUAGGACAUAUUUAUUUAUUGAUUUUGAUUUGAGACAUGUAAUGUACUGCUAAGACUUAAGACUAGAGAGUACCUGCAGAGGAUAUAAUGUGUGUGGCAACUUAGAGAUGGUUAAACUGAGAAAAUAAUAUAAAGCUAUCAAGACAGUGUAUUAGAUCACUGCAUGAUAGUAAGCAUUGUUCAAAACAGUAACACCUUGGUUUCGCACUUUAGUGGCUGACUUCCUUUGGAUGAGGAGAGUGACCUUGUUUGGGUGAAAGUAUUUCUUGAUCUCAUAGUUGAUUUUAACAAAAGAAAGCUUGUAGUGGACAUUCCUUGGUAGUUGAUUUGCCGGGGGCAUCAAAGGGCCAGCAAUAGACGCUAGAACAGGAUUUUGAGAUUGCAUUUCAAUUUAGGGAGGGAAAGAGAAGGAGACUCUUGGUUAACUUUCCAAUGCAAGAUGAGAGACGACAGGAGAAAUGAAGGUGCUACCGCCGGCAAUUGCACCAUCGCCUGUCAGAGGAGACAACAGGAUCAAGCUGGGGCAUGGUUGAAUGCAUUCUUAUCAAACGAUUUGACGCUAUCAGGUAGGACCAUCAACGAGCCAAUAUCUACAAAUCCACUAUUUGGUCCUUGGAACAAGUAUAACAAGUUGAUUGUAGCCUGGCUACUUGAUUCUAUUUCAUCAGAAAUUGCAUUCAUUAUCUUUUUCACGGAUUCGGCACAACAAAUACGGGAGAGCUUGAAGGAAUGAUUUUCACAACUAGAUGAUUUAAGGAUUUACAAUUUAUAGUUUACUAAAGGACUCAGGUCAGUUGAUAGUUAUUUUACUGAGUUGAAAUCUACUAAGAAAGAAUUAAAAAAUAUAGGCUAUUGCCUGAUUAUGAGUGUGUAGAUUGUAAUAAUAAUUGCUUCAAAAAGUUUGUUGAUCAGUACAACAAGGAUAUAAUGUUUCGCUUUCUUAAUGAUUUAAAUGAAUCAUAUCUUGCCUUGAGAUCACAAAUUGUGAUGCUCAGGCCUUUUUCUACUCUCAAUAAGACAUAUAAUAUGACUCUUCAUAAGGAA